GAAACUUUUGAAGCAUGGCUUGUAUGCACAGGUGGAAAGCCUAUAACCGGGGAUCUAGAGUUACGCGAAUUCUCAAGAAAUGAAAGGCUUACUGCACAUGGUGGUAUCGCUGCCAUUCUUGCGCGAUCAAAUAAUGAAUCCUUGAAAAAUCCUUUAGACUUAACAAAUCCGCCCAAUCUUAACGGCAAAGAAUACGCGUAUAUUCCAUGUAGUGGUACAGGAUUAAAUGUGCACAUAAAUGGCAAUUUUUCUUUAUCUAAGGAUAGAAUGAUUAUUUUACAUAAUAAUGUCGAUGGAAAAUGGAAUAAGUAUAUUUAUUUUAAAGUUCUCCCACCUUUACAUGUUAAAUUAUUGUGCGAAAUUGCCAGAAUAAACCAUGAGCAUUUCAAGGAUUCUAAUAUCAAACCCGAAAAUUUCGGUUCAUGCAUAACCAAAAAUUUUUGGCCAUUUGGUAAAGUUAAACAGGGUAAUUUGUAUUAUGAUUAUGCAUUAAACGUGCUGCAAAAUCUUGGCGAGAGUAAAGUGUUCUGGACAGAAGCAAAAGGAGGUAAUUUUGUAUCAUUAAAUGAUGCAUACUUCUCUGAGGAAAAUGAUCCUAUUAUUGCAGAUAUUCUUGCCGAGUAUGGUAAUUCAACAGUGAAAGUAGACAAAACCAUACUUAACCGAUUUAAAGAAGGAACUAUAAAGUAUAAACCUAUUAGCCCUGCAGUUGUCUAUGAAUCAUUACAUACAAACAAUAAUAUUUUACAAUCAGUCUCGCAAAAAAAUCGGUUAAUUUUGUUAAAAUUUGUUUUACGAGAUGAGAAAUUAUAUUCACAACUAAUCGGAUUGCAAUUGGUACCAUUAAAAGAUUGUUCUUUUGGUAAAUUUGGACAACGAACUUAUUAUAUGGAAAAUAAAAAAGAUCAGGAUUUAUUUCCAAAAUCUGGUCCUUCCCGUUUUAUUUGUGAUUUAGAUGAUGAGCUUAACAGGGUUUUUGAGAGUGAUAAUUUUUCGCGUAUUACAAAUAUAAAGAAACUUGGCCCAGCAGGUGUUCUUGAUCUUUUGGCCGAGGAACUUCCUAAAGAACAGGAAAUUUGCUUAAAUCUUUCUUCACAAGAUAUUCCUAAUUUGGAAUGGCUAGAUAAAAUUUUAGAAAAAAUGGAAUGGGGCAGCAGAUUAAAUGAUAAGUUAUCAGAAUAUCCACUAUUCCCUGUAAAAAUUUUAUCAACUGGCAAAGUUAAACUUGUUCGAAUAAAUCCAUCAAAUCCUUUAUUGGUUUAUCCGGAGAAUCCUGAUGAAAUUCUUGUGCAUACACUUGAAAAAAUGGGAAUUUGCUUCACGAAAAUAAAGCUUAAUAAUAAGAAUACUAAAUCAGAGUUUUGGACGAAACGUGUGAUUAAAUGGGAUUAUACUAAUGCCUUCGAAUCUAUUAAGAGAAAGCAAGAAUCACAAAAUAUUACCAUGGA